GGGAAAUGCGCAUAAUUUAUUUAUGUCGCAAGAAAAUCUGUCGCCAAUUAAAUGGAAACCUACCUACUGGAGACAUUUUCAAAAUGGUCAUAGACAAACUACUCUUUCUUCAUUAGAUCAACACCGCCACACUUAUUUUUAUGAAGAAAAGAAAUGUCUAGACUGCAAGUUCAUAUCCAAACCUGUAGGUGGCAGAGAGAUGUAUUCUUUAGCGGAAAUGCCAAGGAAAUGAAAGAAACACGUGACGCCAGGCUACUGAAAUUUGUAAACAAACACAUGGGACAUGUACAAGUACUGCAAAUUACAUUUGAUACAUGAGCAACCAUGAAGAGGGUAUUUGUAACUGUAGGAACAACAAGCUUUGAUGACCUAAUCGAACGUGUUACUUCCCCUGAAGCUGUUCAAGAGUUGAAAGCCCGCGGCUAUCAACAUUUAGUCCUGCAGGUUGGACAAGGCUCCAUUCUCCCAGAUUCAGACAGCUGUCACGAGCUCACGUUGGAGGCUUUCCGAUUCAAGGAUUCCAUUGCUGAAAAUAUCAAAUGUGCCGACCUGGUUAUCAGCCAUGCUGGGGCAGGUAGUUGCCUGGAGACCCUUGGUGCAGACAAGCCACUGCUAGUGGUGGUCAAUGACAAACUAAUGGACAAUCACCAGCUAGAGCUGGCCAGACAGCUACACCAAGACUCACACCUACUCUACUGCACCCCCAGCACUCUUACUAAGACUCUGAAGACAAUGGACCUUGCUGUUCUCUCAUCCUUCUUACCUGGACAACCAAAGCAUUUUGCCAAUUUCCUGGACAGGGCCCUUGGUGUUCAAUGAUUCCAACGGAGGGCAGUCUCUGAGGUCAACUCAGUGUUCUCUUAUGGACUCUGGAGAUGUUUUGUGCUCUUCUUCUUCUUCAUGUGGCUUUCCAGCAGACUAGACGCUGUGUUGCAUACUGCCUUUCACAGGUCAGAGUGGGGAUUGCAAAUUUUGGUCACAAAAACAAAAAAGGUGAAUGAGAUAAUCUUAAAUUGCACCACCAUCUAACCCAGCACCUAUACACGAUCACCAAAAACCAACCACCCCAUCCCACUACGUUGGCCCUAAACAAUCCUACACCAUGCUGUCGGUCUGGGAGGAUGGAACCCCUUCUCUCAAAACUUCCUGUAGCUCUUCUGCACUAAAAUCUCUCACCCCAAAAUAUUUCUCUGCUACUGCAACGACCACAUAUAUCUUCUGUGAUUUCCGCUCCAUCAGCUCAGUACAGUUGAUCACCAUGGCUAUGAUGUUUGCUCUCUGAAAUCUUUGCGAUGAACUGGAAGUGCGUUUGGCCAGAGGAUAGUCUGGGCCUCGCGUGCCUGGCUUCUAGUUUUUCCUAUCAGUAUGCAGAGCUAAUACCAACUCAGGCAAUUGCCUGGGGCCUUACAUCAUCAUCAUUUUGUUUUAAUAAUGUGCUAUUAAGCAAUUGUGACCAUCUCUGUUUAUGACAAACACUGUGGAUUCUGUUUUCUUCCUGCAAAUUUGGCUCUAGCUUUUGAGCAGUGGGCUCCCGAGUGGCGCAGCGGUCUAAGGUACUGAAUCACAGUGCUAGAGGCGUCACAAUAGACACUGGUUCAAUCCCGGGCUGUAUCACAACUGGCCGUGAUCAGGAGUCCCAUAGGGCGGCGCACAAUUGGCCCAGCAGCGUCCGGGUUAGGGUUUGGCCGGUGUAGGCCGUCAUUGUAAAGGAUAAUUUGUUCUUAACCAACUUGCCUAGUUAAAUAAAGGUCAAAUAAAAAUACAAUAAAAAAUCCUAUUAUGACCCCAUUCCUGAAGCGAAUAAUUACUUUGUUUCCCUCUACGACACUGACAAGCUCCUCAGGACACACAUUUUUUUUCUACAUACCUGAUGAUUUUCCUUUAUGUUUUCCCAAACUUUCCAAUUUCUGAUACAACUGGGGAGCUAGGCCUAGCCUAGCUGAAUGAGUUACUCCCCACAAAGGGCUUUAUUACAAACAGAAAUAGUCCUCAACACCCCUCCCCCUUCAGAUGAUCCCACAGGUAAAGAAGCCCAGAACUCUAUAAUGGCUGGCAUAAUUCAAAACUCUAGGAAAAGCAAAACAGGCUGAGACAACAAUAGACAGGGUAAUCUAUUUAUUGAUUGAUAUUAAAUUAAUAACAUAAAAUUCCACCCUUUCAUAGCACUGCAUUUAUAUUUUUGUUCAGUAUAGGUAUUGUUUGAUAAAGAAAAUAUCAAAUAUGUAUUGACCCAGAAUUUCCACAUCGGUGGAUCCCUAAAACCUCGGACUGCCCUGUGCCUGGGGCCUUCAAAUCACUGUCUGUUAAAAGGUCUGAUCUGGCCAUGUUCUAUUUUAACCAGUUGGAGAAAGGUUGAUUAGGUAUUGGAUGCUGGUGUAAGGGGUAUAUUUUCAACUCGAAAUGAGAAGGAAAAACAUGGAUGUACACUAAGUAUACAAAACAUUAAGAACAUCUGCUCUUUCCAUGACAUAGAUUGACCAGGUGAAAGCUUAUUGGUGUCACUUGUUAAAUCCACUUCAAUCAGUGUAGAUGAAGGAGAGGAGACAGGUUAAAGAAGGAUGUUUAAGCCUUGAGACAAUUGAGAUGUGGUUUGUCUAUGUAUGUGUGCCAUUCAGAGUGAAUGGGCAAGACAAAAUGUUCUUAAUGUUUGGAGUACUCAAUGUACUGAGUGUAGAUACAGUAUAUUAUAAAUCAUAUGCUGAUUAUUUGUUUUGAACAGAACAAAUUGUAAAUAUAUAUCAUUUGAUGCACUAUAUAUACAAAAGUAUGUGGAUACACACUCAAACUAGUGGAUUCGGUUAUUUCAGCCACACCCAUUGCUGGUAAGGGUAUAAAAUCGAGUACACAGCCAUGCAUUCUCCAUAGACCGACAUUGGCAGUAAAAUGGCAUAACUGAAGAGCUCAGUGACUUUCAACAUGGCACCGUCAUAGGAUGCCACCUUUCCAACAAGUCAGUUCGUCAAAUUUCUGCCCUGCUAAAGCUGCCCCGGUCAACUGUGAAGUGGUCGGCCACACAAGCUCACAGAACGGGACCGCCUUCAGCACUCGUUUGCAACACUCACUACCGAGUUACAAAUUGCCUCUGGAACCAAAGUCAGCACAAUAACUGUUCAUUGGUAGCUUCAUGAAAUGGGUUUCCAUGGCCGAGCAGCCGCACACAAGACUAAGAUCACCAUGCGCAAUGCCAAGCGUCAGCUGGAGUGGUAUAAAGCUCGCUGCCAUUGGACUCUGGAGCAGUGGAAACGCGUUCUCUGGCGUGAUGAGUCACGCUUCACCAUCUGGCAGUUUGACGGACAAAUCUGGGUUUGGCGGAUGCCAGAAGAACGCUACCUGCCCCAAAGCAUAGGACCAACUGUAAAGUUUGGUGGAGGAGGAAUAAUGGUCUGGGGCUGUUUUUAAUGGUUUGAGUUAGGCCCCUUAGUUCAAGUGAAGGGAAAUCAACCCUACAGCAUGCAAUGACAUUCUAGACGAUUCUGUGCUUUCAACUUUGUGGCAACAGUUUGGGAAGGCCCUUUCCUUAUUCAGCAUGAUAAUGCCCCCAUGCACAAAACGAUGACCAUAAAAAAUGGUUUGUUGAUAAGAACUUGACUGGCCUGCACAGAGCCCUGACCUCAACUUCAUCAAACACCUUUGGAAUGAAUUAGAACGCGACUGCGCGUCAGGCCUAAUUGCCCAACAUCAGUGCCCGACCUCCCUGCAGCAAUGUUCCAACGUCUAGUGGAAAGCCUUCCCAGAAGAGUGGAGGCUGUUAUAGCAGCAAAGGGGGGACCAACUCCUUAUUAAUGCCCAUGAUUUUGGAAUGAGAUGUUCAACAAGCAAGUGUCCACAUACUUUUAGCCAUGUAGUGUAUAUUAAAUCUGUUUUAUAA